ACAUUUUUUAAAUGCAGGAUGAAAGUGAACACAUUAAUGAGAGGACAAAAGACCCAUCCUUCAGUUUUCAUUUGCAUGUUUUUGGCUGAUGAGGUGUUUAAAGUCUCUCCUGGAGUAAUGCUUAAUGGAUAAACUGAAAGAUGGACCUGGAAAAGAUUUUUUUCUGUCCUUUAUGAUUUAUAACUCUCACCUUUGCUGGUGCACAUUUUGCAGCAGCUUUCUUAAAGGGCCAGAACAUUUCAUUGGUGUGAGAGUAAGGGAGGAGUGAGGAGUGGUUUGUGUGUCUCUGGAGUGAGCACCACCCAGAUACUGGUCAGCUGGGCCUCUCCACCUAUCCCACAGUCCCUCACAGCAGAAUGAACUCUUUAACUUUCUCCCACAAACAUCUGCAAGUUGCAUAAUAACGUCCAAGCAGCUGGCCUACGCUGUUGUUUGCUGGUAUGUGAGGCAUGCGAGAGCACAAAACCCCAGUGAGAAGAUUCUGCCUUCCCUCCUCCUGCCUGUGUGGAACAGAGCAACACAUUGUGUGUUAAUGGGGCCAAACUGCCCGAUAAACUUAUGACACACAACUGAAGUCAUGCACAUAUGCAAAACACUGGUGCAGCUCAAAAGAAAAAUGGGAAAAACCUAAACUCAUUCUUCAGUUUAGUACAUGUAGCAUUACAGACUUCAUGUUUGGUUAUCGAAAUGUUCAAAAGUCAGACAAAAGAAAUCCUAUCAGCUUCAGACAAAAGCUCAAACUAAUUCUUCUGCGUUUGAUUUGUGGAUGAGAAGAAAAACAUUUUGUCAAGUGAACUGACUAACACAUGUUUUGUCCUUGCUGAAAGAUAGAAACCAUAUGGUGCAACAGUCAUGGAUUCAUUACUGUCCCUCCAGGACAACCUCGCCCUGUGACAUCAUCCGAGAAAAUUCAUUUUUGUUUCUUGAGCCUGACAUAAUGAAGAGAUUAUUCUGUUGCAGAACUUUUUAAAUUGGACUUUUCAUCCCAAACAGAGCGGGCCUCUGGUAUUUCCUAGACACUUCCUGGUUUAGGUUGAUGUGAACACAAAGUGCUGUUGAAAAUGCAUUUACUGUUUUUUUUUUUAAUUACACCAAAGCAACUUGACAUUUAGCAGCAGAAUGGAAAAGGAAACAAGGCCAUUGAGCAUUAGAAUGAAGAAAACCGACAGUUAUGACAAAAACAGCAACAUUCCUACUGAGACUAAAGAGUUCAGUUCAGUUCAGUUCAGUUUUAGUUUAUUUGUCAUAUGCAAGUUAGCACAGGGUCAACAUUGCAAUGAAACGUGUAUGACGAGCAGCGGUCUCUCAGCAACAUGAUACAGGAGAAAAUAUAAUAAAAUAUAAUAAAAUAUAAUAAAAUAAAGCAAAAAAAUAUAGUAAGGAGCAAAAUAUUAGAGAGACAUGGUAAAAGGGAAAAGAUGACUAAAUAUAUAUGUGUCAAUAAAGAAAAUCCUGAAAAGAAAUAUGACGGGAGGGCAGAUGGGAUAUUGCACAGGAAUGAGCUGCAGAAAAUUACAGUAUUGCACUUUAGAUAUAAAUUACAGUAUUGCAGGAUAUAAAUUAUGCAGGAUAUAGAUUACAGUGUUGCACUUUGGAUAUAAAUUACAAUAACAAUAAAGUGAAGUGACCAGUACGGAUUAAAUAUAGUACUUGUGAAGCUGCAGGGUAGCUUCUGGGUCCUGUGUUGUGUGUGUUUAGGUGUUGUGGUUGAGGUGUCGUAUGGCUUGAUGAUAGAAACUGUUUUUAAGUCUUGUAGACAAGGUUUAAGAGGUUUAAAGGUUACUACUGACACUCAUAAUCUCAGAUUUCUAAUCUCUCGUCAUCCCUGAGUCCUGAAGUAUUUUGUACCAUGUAGUAAACUGUAGCUGCUCUCAGCGUUCUUUGGUCCUUCAUCGCUCUGCGGCUGAAGUCAACUCGUCUAGUGGGUGGAGUUCUUCUCGAGGCACUAGAAGAGUUUGGCUCAGACCAGAGUCCAGUUCUGAGGAUCCACCCUGACGCAGCUGUUGUGCUCGUCACGCUGCUCUCCGAAGACUUACCGAGCUUUAGGAGGAAGAAUCAGACCAAACACAAAAACUGUUCUCAUGUGCACGCAGAAAGCAGAUACAUCCAGCUGCUAAAUCAAUGCUCUCUGAGCUCCUCAUGAUGGACGAGCAGAUAUUAAAACUGAUGUCAAACGAUUGACAUCUGGACCAGGAUGGAGCGGAUUGAUGGGAAUUCCAUUUGGUUCCGAGUAAUUCAGAUAGGAGCUAUUGACGUCUUGUCUUCUGUAGUCAUUAGGUCUGAUGGAUUCUUCACGCAGGAUUUCAGCAGCAAACAUCUUAGAGGCUCAAGUUGAGAUGUCGAUUAGGACUGGGGAGAACGGUCAGAGGCUGGAGGAUUUAUUAUUUAUGGGUCGUAGUUUGAUCGUGUCACAAAUAUUCUGUCUCUGUCACUAUAAAAUCGACUGAUUGUGCCUGAUGAAGGACCAGCUUUGGGUGAUCACAGCAGGCUGACCAGAAUUUACAAAACAGGAAAAAAAAAACUGUAGGGCUGGAGUUUUGGUUACAGCACAUGAAGUGAGACUCUGAUUGUUCCUUCACACCCGCAUUCUGUAGUACGCCAAUUAUAAAAAUACCUCAUUAGUAAAAUCUUAAAACAGUAAAUCUGACUCUAAUGCCUUUGAGACACUUCUUCUCCCAGAAUGCAUCCUGUUUUGUGUAGGAUUUCUUGAAUACUUGCUGUAAACAUGCUGGUGUAGGUGGAACCCGUGGCCUGCCACUGCUAUCCCCAAACCUUUGUUCAUUUCCAGUGUUGUGUUGCUGUGGGAUAAUAGUCCCAGUGUAUGGGCUCUAACUGGUCCUAACUGGUGCCAUGCUGACCUACGCAGCCAGACAAUAGUGACUAUUCUGCCUUUAGGCUGCAGAAAGUGUGAGUGGGUGUAAGGAAUGACCAAUCUGAAGAAGAGAACAUGGGCGUCCAAUAAGGCCUCCACACAGUGGCAGGGCUGUGUUGUAAUCGGGUGGGGGGGCUAGAGCACCACAAAGAUCUGCUUGUUGUUGCUACAGAGAAUCUAAGUGUCACUGUGGGCGACGCAGACUGAAAUCAAGAAGAUGGAUGGAGUCGGGGAUGGUGCAGUUAGUGUGUUUUGUUUGGCUGAGCUGGGAUGGGGCUGAAUGGGACAGAACAGGACGGUCAGAGAUGCUCUGCAGGCAGUUUGGUCGCGGGUCAUCGGGGAUGCUUACGGAGACAUAUUAGGGAGCUGGAGGACAGACAGACAGAUCGGAGCCGGAAACAGCUCGGCGUGGAGUAGCAAAGCGAAGACUGUGGUGCAUCGUCAGCUGGGAGCUUCCUCUGGCAAACUGGGAUAAUUCACUUUAGAGAUGGUCGAUAACAAUCGAUUGGAUAGUGGAGACCUACCCACCUGGAUGUGGUUCGUUAUGUGAUCGUGCUUUUCAAAUGUUUCCAUCCGCACAGUGCUGAGCAAAAAUCUUAAGAUACACCAACAAAUGAUCUUGAUCGCGAAAUCCUCAGACUUCUCAAAACUCAGUUCUUGUAACCGAGGACGUUUUUUUUUCCUACUUUUCUUUAAAAAUCUGAUGUAGUUUUUGUGAAGUCUUGUUUUUCUGUAUUUUAAAUGCACGGGACCAUGUUUAGAAAUAGUUUUCAGACCUUAGAUUAAGUCUAUAAAAAUGGAUCAGCUUGUUCAGAGUCCAGCAGCUGAAAUCCACAGAUUUGAGCCGCCACAGUCUGCUCUACCUGAAAGAGAUCGGGAAUGGUUGGUUUGGGAAGGUUCUGUUGGGGAAGGUGAACACCGGCCUAAACACCACCCAGGUGGUGGUGAAGGAGCUCAAAUCCAGCUCCAGCGUUCAGAAUCAGAUGCACUUCCUGGAUGAAGUUAAACCUUACCGGACACUGGAGCAUCCUGCUCUGCUGCAGUGUCUGGCUCAGUGCACAGAGGUCACUCCCUACCUGCUGGUGAUGGAGUUUUGUCCACUGGGGGAUGUGAAGGGUUACCUCCGAAGCUGCAGGUCUAAUGAGACCAUCAUCCCAGAACCCCUGGUUCUGCAGAGGAUGGCCUGUGACAUUGCAUCAGGACUCUUGCACCUGCACAAACACAACUUCACACACAGUGACCUGGCGUUAAGAAACUGUUUGCUGACUGCUGACAUCUCAGUAAAGAUCGGAGAUUAUGGUUUGGCGCACACCAAGUACAAGGAUGAUUACUACGUGACAUCGGAUCAGACGUACAUGCCACUGCGCUGGAUAGCUCCUGAGCUGGUGGAUGAGGUUCACGGAAACCUGCUGGUGGCAGAUCAGACCCGGCAGAGCAACAUUUGGUCUCUAGGUGUAACUAUCUGGGAGCUGUUUGAGUUGGGAAACCAGCCCUACAGACACUACUCUGACAGACAGGUGCUAACUUAUGUAGUGAGGGAGCGGCAACUGCGACUUCCCAAACCGCUGCUCAAAGUGCCCUUGGCUGAGCGCUGGCAUGAAGUGAUGCAGUUCUGCUGGCUCCAGCCGGAUCAGAGGCCAAAUGCAGAGGAGGUCCACCUGUUGCUCAGCUAUCUGUGCGCCAAGGGGGCCAGUGAAGCUGAGGAGGAUUUUGAAAGGCGCUGGAACUCCCUGCGUCCUCAUGCUGGAUUCAACAGCCAGCAUGGGGCCUCCACCAUGUCCCAAGACCACCCCUCUCCCUCCUCCUCUUCGUUCCCUCUACUAGAACAGUUUUCAGCAGGUGAUGGCUACCACUCAGAGUCUGGAGAUGACAUUCUAACAGUCACAGAGACCAGUCACGGUCUGAAUUUUGAGUAUAAGUGGGAGCAAGCCAGAGCAGACCAGCCAUAUGGAGCCCCAGAAUCCUCGAGCUCCUUGGAACCAGCCACUCAUUGUCAGGAAGAGUUUUACCCACCUGGAGGCCUUGUCGGAGGAUGUCCAAUGGGAAACUUGAGCCAUGAAGUUUCUUCUCCUUACUAUCAACCAAAACACUUGCAUCCUCCAAAUGUGCUACCUGUCCUUAGUGCCCACAGCCCCUCCGUAAGCAGUGAAUACUACAUCCGCAUUGAAGAGCCAGUGGACUGUAACAUUGAUCUAGAUUACACCAUGUGCUCCUACAGCCCAGAGUAUCAGGGCAGCAGUGGGAGCUUCCUGACUGGCAGUGUAGACUCAGGUGAAUGUAUGGCCUGCCCUUCACAGAAUAAAAAUAUUGGUCCCUAUUGGUCUGCAGAAAUCCAUAAAUCAGACACAUACGACUCCAAUGACUCAAGUCCAGCUAUUUCCUUGACAAUGGAACCCCUUAUAGGGCAGGUGUCAGACAGCAGCCCCAUUCGGCCCUGGGAGUCAAGUCACUAUGUGUCUUACAAAGACAGAGAUGGGGGUUACUACUAUGAGCAUUCCUCACCUUUAGAAAUAGAUCCCUAUUUGAUUGGCAGCAAGCAUUCCAGUGGGCAUCAUCAAGAAAGCUGGGGGUCAAGAAGCCUUCGUCAGGCUUUGGGUGAGCUAGAGAACCCCAUGGGUGUCUCCCCAUCUCUGAACAGUCCAGCUGAACAGGCAUACAGAGACUCAUACCUGGACACAAGUCAGACCUCUAUCUUAGGGAAGAACAUAACUGGGGGCUACUACGACAUGAUGGGCUCCUUAAGGAAGACAAUGCCCAGUCACACAAGGCACAACAGCCACUCUGUUAGCAUCAACAUGGAGACCAGGGGGGCCCUCUUCAUUGGGCACAGUGAUUCAGAAGAGGAUGAUGAUGACAUAUUUGUUGAGAGACACACCUGUAACACUUGGCCUUCAAAACACCGUCACAGCAGCCACCACCGACGGGGGAGCCACAGCUGCAGACAGGACACCUACGCUGAUUUCCACUACACAAUGCCAAGUACGGACAUUGAAGACACAUGGCCAGAGGAUCACAGCCUGACUUUUCACUCCCUGCCUAAACCCAUUGACUAUCUCGAGACACACCAGGCCAAAGACAACAGUGCCUGUCUCAGUCUGAAUAAACAUCAUUCUAUGGUGCCCUCAGAAAAUUGCAACGCCUACAUUUACCUGUGCCAUGAGGGUGAGACCCAGCUACCAGUGUCUGGAGAGUGUUGCCACUCUCACUUUGUUGAUCCCCUCACAGGCCUGCUGAUCAGAAACAACAGCUACUGUCAGAGCUACAACCACAGCAGCUACAUUAGAGAUAAGGCCACUGAUAUACCAAACAAUGAAGAGAUGAUCAAUCUCUCACCAGCUCCAGGGGGUCCCAUUGUGUCCAAACCUGCUUUGAUGAAGCCUUGUGACUGUGAAGAGCAGAAUGUUAAUCUUACAUCUGAUGAACUGCCACCUAAAGAGAAGAGAGAGGAAGCAAUCACAGAAAAUCAAAUCACGCAGAAAUCACCAGAACCUAGACUAGAGGAGGAGAAUCUGAUGAUGACGAAAGACUCUCCACCUCCUGCUGACAACAUGCAUGUGAUGGUGUCCAUCACAGACCCACAGUCAGAGCUGAGCCACACGGCUGACAGUGGGAUGGAGCAUUGUGGCUCCACCGUAAGCCUCGCCGACAUCCUCGACUGCAGUGACGGAGAUGACGACAUCACAGACGAUAUCACUGAUGCCACUUCGGGGAUCUUCGCUGAUGAGGGAAGUGAGCUGAAUGCAUCUCCUGCUUUCAAGUCUCUCCAGAAGCAGGUUGGGACUCCAGAUUCCAUGGACUCCAUGGAUUUUCUGUCAGCAGCUGGAUCUUGUGAAGGCCUAAGCCCUGCAUCCUCCCACCCUUCCAGCUCGCCUAAAGCCAUGGACAGUGGUUAUGAUACAGAAAACAACGAGAGUCCUGAGUUUGUCCAAAAAGAAUCCCACGACUCUCGGUUACAGCCUCAGGGAAAGCCUACCCUUGAUGCAAGUUUGGAGGAAGAUGAGGAAGAGCAUGAGGAUGAUGUGGUGCCUUCAGAUGGUGAGGCAUUAGUGGGUGAAGAUUUGGGUUUGGGAAACUCGGAGACAGGCGACCAAAUUCUUUUACCGCUGAGCGAUAAGACUCCAUACAGAGACUCUGCCUAUUUUUCUGACUAUGAGAAUGAAAGACAGAAUCGGGAUAAUGAAGGGGAACUCCAGCUGAGAGACAACGAUGGACAAAAUGAUGGAGAACAGCACGUUGGAGAGACAACGUGUGAAAAAGGGGAAAAUGAUGAACUACUGGUUAACAAAGAACUAAAACUCAAUGUAGAAGAUGAACCAAAUUACCCAACAGAAUCCUCUGCUGCUGCUCCAGAGACAGAAAUGUGCUCGACAGAGCACAGCUGCCUGGAUGAGGAACCAGAACCAUCCCAGGAGCCCUCUGAUAUAGAGGGAAUUCUGGAUGAGUGGUCUUCCCAGGAAGAGAGUUCAUCACUAGGAGACUGGGCAGCUGAGGUAGUGGGGGCCAUGGAGGAAGCUCUUGGUGCCCUCAACGGAGACUGCGCCUCCAGUUGUAAAGUUGACGAGAAGGAAACUGGAGGUGUUCGGGCUUCAGAAACAGAUGAGACCUUUGUGAAAAUGAUUCAAAAAAGACCAUCAGGGGUAUCGAGUGAAAUCCCACACACCUUACCCAAAGAUGAGGUGGCCUUGCAACACACAGCCAACAGCAGACGGUUCUCAUCCUCAUCCUCCUCACCCGUUUCCCCUUCAACACCUCCUCCACUGCUUUCAACAACAGAAGGUCGAGCCUCUCCAGCUGAUGGUGAAGAGGCUGAUGAAGAGGACGGCAACACUGAUGACAGCGAUGAGUCAGAUGAAGAGCUUCGUACCUACAGUGUUCAGAGCGGAGGCGAGGAAAGUGAGGAAGAGUGUCACCUCGUGCCCACUGUGGUGAGUGACAACAGCGAGGCCCACAAACUGAGAAGCCUCCUCAAGAUGCCAACUCCUCUGCGUGCUGAGAACCUGGAAGAGGAGCUGGAAUGCAAGAAGAAGACUGUGUCCUUCUUUGAUGAUGUCACAGUCUAUUUGUUUGAUCAGGAAAGUCCGACUCAAGAGCUGGUGGAACACGGCUUCUCUUUAGCAUCAGAGAGUCGAAGCUCUUUGAGGAAAUCCCAAGAGAGGUUGAAUAUCUCAGACGACUCCUCAGAUGGGAACAUCUCAGAGGAAAGUGCAGGUUUUGAGUGGGAGGAUGACUUUCCCCUCCCGCCUCUACCAACAUCCUCAACAGCCAAUGACUCACCUCCACCUCACACCGUCACCAAAACCCCGGACCCAAAACCAGCCGUCCAGUUCUCUCGUUUCACCGUCUCCCCAUCCAGCAUGUCCCGGUUCUCCAUCACGCCCAUUUCUGACUCCGAUAUGGACUCAGUAGGAGGAAGCAGUGAGGAUGGAGACAAGGAAUAAAAAAAUGGGAUACUCUGCCUCUGACACCCGCAGCUCCCUUAGCAUGACUGGAUUUCUAUCUUAUUGUCAGGUUUUCAAAACACGAGACAGUGCCUCUUACCACCCACAAACUUUUAACGUUUUGCCACGACGUAGGACUUGCUGAACUAGAAGAGAAUAGUGAAAAGAGAAUGAUGAAGAUAUUCCAUUUCUAGAAUAAUAUCCACUAUAUGGAUGAUGAUGAAACACUGAGUGUGCAUAUUUUUAUGGACUGAAGGAAAGACCCUUACAAACAUCAAUUUUGUCACCUCUUUAGUUUUUUAACUCAUAACUGGAAGCAUUCAUAAAGAUGUGGAGCCAUCUCAACAUAAAUGUGAUAAAGUUGUCACCAGACUGCUGCAGAAUAAACACCAACAAUCUGGGUUUUCAACAAAGGAUCAGCACUUUGAACAAGACCGUACAGCUCCAGACUUUGUACUUUUUAGGAAACAUUUUAUUAAUAAAUAUAUAAAUGCUUGAGGCACAAUAAGUAAUAAAUAUUUGAUUAAUCUAGAGACGAGGGACGUCUUAAUGUGAAAUGAAGCAAUGGGACUGUGAACAUCUGCCUGGAUUAGGACAGCUUAUGUUAAAGCUGGUCAGCAACUCAAUUAUUUGUGACUUUUUAUUUGCUGCAUCACAACCAGCCCAUCUCUGCUGCAAGCGUCAGACAGAAUAUUGUCUCUAAAACAUGAAGUUUAAAACAAAACAAAACUGUGCAUCUAGAUUUCAUUUUUGUCUGUUUUGCUGUGCAUGGUUCCACGUAACUAGAAACAUUAUUUCUCACAGGUCAAAGGAGCAGAUCUAUGGUGUUGACAGCAUUUUGUGGCAUCUUCAUUAUGAAACCACAACUUAAAUGUUUUGUGCCUCGGCUCAGAAACAGUUCAGGCUAAGUGGGCUUGUUUUUAGGAAAUCUCAACUUCAUCACAUUGAUGCAAAGAUUCUGCAAAUCCAGAUUUGACAGAAAGCGAAAGUGUUGACUUGGUUCAGAUGAAGAUGCACUGCUUCGAGACUUUCAGCAGGUUUUUUUGCGCCUCAGCCUGCAGGUGGGUGAAGGUUACUGCAACAAAAGCCAGUUGUGUUGUAAGCACGAAGGUUUAGACUGAAUGGCUUUGGAGUUUGGAAGCGUGGUCACCAAAAACGACAACUACAACAGCGUUGUUCUGGUUCACAUCAUUUAGUCUCUUUAGAGUAAAUAAAAGUUUCAUGACUGUUAAUGUGAGCUGACUGAAACACCGGAUCUGUUAAAUGACCCGGUGACAAAGACAAUCACUUAAAACACUUGAAAUAAUCAUACAUUAAAAACAAUAUUACAGAUAUAACGAAAGACCCUUUCAGACCACAUUGACCGUUUCCUGUUUCUUAUUGUUUUUGAUGGCGUAGUGCAGCAACUGCUGCUAGUAGCUCAUGACAGGGCUGUUAAUAGAGCAGUUUUAUUUUGCUUUAAUGCCAAAUUCUGACUCGAUCAUCACUGAAUCUGUGCUGUGAUGACUGGCCAAAACACAAAGAGCUAAUGUGGUUGCUUUGGUAAAAACGGCAUCAAGACAUCAGCCUAAACUACUUAGAGAUGAACAAAAAGGAGGUCAUCAGAGUCUGAUUUAUACAAAAUGACCCAAAAGUUUGAUUUUUUUAAAAACUUGUCUGAACAUAUCGUUGCCAAGCAGGAGUAAAAACAUCCGACUCCUUUUUUCAGUCCAUGAAAUAACUGCUGAGACAUUUACACUAUCAACAACACAUCAUCAAUGUCAAGAACACAUUUUCCUAAAAUGAAAGAAAAGUCAGUUGUUUUCUGUUAUUCUUUGAGCUUAAUCCGAAUCAGCAGGUCAGAGGUGCACACCGACCAGAAACUGCUAUUGACCCUCAAACCUAGAAUGAUAUGUCUCUAUAAAUAAAAAUAAAUCAGAGGAAUGGUCCGAUACGCAAGCGUAGGUUUAGUUAUGCCACAAUUGCACACACAGGAUUAACAGAUUUCUGUUAUUUUCCCAAAUCACACACCCACUCAGAACUAACCAGAACCUUUACGGAUCCCUGCCAACAGUCCAAGAGCACCCAGGAUAGGAAACUUUCCAAACUUCUAUUGUUUGUGAAACAUUUCAUGAGCCAGAUGAUCUUAAUGCUCUGAACAAUCUGGUCUCUAACUGGUCAUGACCCAUUUGGACUCAGACCACUCAUCACAGUGGUUGUUCAUGGUGUAAACAUCCUUUACAGCAAAUCUUGGUAGGUUUGAUAAUCCCAUCAUCUUAUUACUGACACAACAUCUGCAGGGAAAAAAACAAAACACCUUUCCCUCCGGACCCUCGUGAUGCUGGGACACUGACCUAACAGGAUCUGACUGGUUUAGGGGCUGAAGCACAAGCUGAAAGGGACCUGAGGAUCCUGUGAUGUGGAAAUUUGUGAUCUUUAAAUUGACCAAGUUCUGAUGAAAAGGUCCAGUUUUCUGUAGCCUGAAAUAAAGUAAUCAGUUUCUAUGAGAGAGGAAGUAUUUUACUCUAUUCUCACCUGGUGUCUUGGUUACUGUGAUGUUCUUUGGAUGUUUUAGGUUCAGAAGAAAUGAGUUCAGAGUGGAUUUCAUUCAAACUAUUAAUAAAAGAUGGCGACUGUGAGACAAGGGAAUCAGCUCCAACUUGAGCCAUAACGUUUUGCAGUGUGAAUCAUGAGUCAAGUGUUCCUUUUGUCUGAUCAGCUGAGCGACAACUGAAGCCUGAUGUCAUGAUAAAGUGUUAUAAAGCUGUUUUUCUGUGUGUGAUGUGAGAAAGCAAGACCGAGGAGGUCUGGGAGACAUGGAGAUGCAGAAUCCUGCUUUUAAAUGGACAUGAAGUGUCUUCUAAGUGUUUGUUUGCCUUCACAGGCUUUAAUAUUCUGUAAAAGUCUAGCAUAGAAACAUCUCGACUGUCUGUAAAAGUUUUGUAUCUCAACAGAAAUACUUUAAGUAGUAUUUAUGUUCUGUACCUUUGAAAAAGGAGGGUUAGAAAUAAAGAAGAUAUCCAUUAACUGUUGCCAAAGAGAUGUUGUAUUGUGCUUCAGGAUGAAGUACAGCUGGUGUUUUAGCUCAAAAUGAAGACGAAGAAAUGAAACAGGGCAGUGGCGUUAGCCUCGAGCUGAUUGUACUAGUGUGUGCAGGAGAGGGUUUGGGAAUCUGUCGAUACGCGCCCCCACACGGACCUGCUCACAUCAUCACUUUCUGUACUUUCUAUCAAAAAUAAAUCAACUCUGGUUUACACGA